AUUGCGUCUGGUCCCUGAAGGGUGAAGGAGCUGAGCUGUGGGGUGGCCUGUCCCCUGCAAAGGGUUUGGGUGCUGUCAGCCCCUGGGCAUCACUCGCUCUCCCCUGGCCCGGGGGGAAGUGCCCUGUGGCGGCACGCUCGGCUCCUCGCACUCAGCCCUGCAGGCAUCACCCCGUGGCCAGCUUCUCACCCCCUGCCAUGCCAGCCUCGCAGCCCUGACCAGCCACCGGCCACCUGUCCCACCGAACCACACACAGUCAAUGCCUCCAGGAGCGCCCUCUGAGCACCAUCCUCCAGCAUGUCCCAGCUCUCCUCCACCCUGAAGCGGUACGUUGACUCAUCCCGCUAUGCCGAGACCACCUACAGCAAAGUGCCUGGUGGCUACAGCUCCUACACCUAUGGAUCUACACUGGCCACAUCUUAUGCAGACAGUGACAAAAUUGGCUUCAAAGCCAGCUACCUGCCCUCCCCCCGGUACAGCCACACAGGGCUUCCCCUAAACAGUGGCUACGACAGCAGCCGGCUGUCCCUGUACCCUGACUCCAGCAUCCACCUGAGCCCCACGUACAUCCGCACCCAGACCCGGUCGCCAGGCAGUGGGCUGAGCGGGGGUGCGUGCUACACCUUCUCUGGGGUUCCCAGCAGCCCUACAGGCUACCUGCCCACCACAUCGUCUCUCAGCCGUCGUAAAUCCAUCAGCCACUCGGACCUGGCACGGGAAUUUUCGGGGCUGCACACUUCGGACAGCACCUACGUGCCCACCCCUGGCCCCCUUAGCACCCGGAACCGCCAGGAGCAUGGUGCCCUGCAGGAUCUCUACCAGGCUGCUGCACAUUCUGACUAUGUCCGCGGAUACCUGGAUGGCUAUGGGAGGAAAAACAGCCCCAGCAACCUCCCUAUGAGCCCCCUCAGCCCUUCACAAGCUGGCCUUGGCUCUGCCCUGCCACCCUCGGGCACCCGCUGCUCCAGCCAGCCUUGCGAAAGGAAUGACGGCUACUGUGACAUGGCUACCCGGGACCCCAUGAGCUCCAAGGCAGUGCAGGGGCUGACUGGCUUGCGAAACCUUGGCAAUACGUGCUUCAUGAACUCCAUCCUGCAGUGCCUGAGUAACACCAAGGAGCUGCGGGAUUACUGCCUGCAGAACCAGUACCUGCGGGACCUCAAUAACAACAGCCGCAUGCGCACUGCGCUCAUGUCAGAGUUUGCAAAGCUGAUUCAGCUGCUCUGGACCUCAUCCCCCAAUGAGAGCGUGAGCCCCUCUGAGUUCAAGACACAGAUCCAGAGAUAUGCCCCCCGCUUUGUUGGCUACAACCAGCAGGAUGCACAGGAGUUCCUGCGGUUCCUCCUCGACGGGCUGCACAGCGAGGUGAACCGCGUGCUUGUGCGGCCACGGGCCAGCACAGACACCCUGGACCACCUCCCUGACGACGAGAAGAGCCGCCAGAUGUGGAGGAGAUACCAGGAGAGGGAGGACAGCCGCAUUAGUGACCUUUUCGUUGGGCAGCUGAAGAGUUCUCUGACCUGCAGUGAGUGUGGCUACUGCUCCACAGCCUUCGACCCCUUCUGGGACCUCUCCCUGCCCAUCCCCAAGAAAAGCUACGGGGAGGUGACCCUCAUGGACUGCCUACGGCUCUUCACCAAAGAGGAUGUGCUGGAUGGGGAUGAAAAACCGACAUGUUGUCGCUGCAAAGCCAGGACAAGAUGCACAAAGAAAUUCAGCAUCCAGAAGUUCCCCAAGAUCCUCGUUCUUCACCUGAAGCGCUUCUCAGAGGCCAGGAUACGAACGAGCAAGCUCACCACCUUUGUUAACUUCCAGCUGAAGGACCUGGACCUCCGGGAGUUUGCCUCCCAGAGCUGCAACCACGCCGUUUACAACCUCUAUGCCGUCUCCAACCACUCGGGCACCACCAUGGGGGGACACUACACUGCCUACUGCAAGAACCCCGUCUCCAGUGAGUGGCACAGUUUCAACGACUCCCGUGUUACCCCGAUGUCAUCUAGCCACGUCCGCAGCAGCGAUGCCUACCUGCUCUUCUACGAGCUGGCCAGCCCAUCCUCCCGCAUGUAGCCAGCCCUGCCUCCCUGGGGAUGUGCUGCACCACACUUAGAGCCAGCUCCUCCAGGUUUUGGCCAUUUGCCCCAGAGGUGCAAGAUGGAGGCGAAGAGGAGAGAACCUGAGGUGGCUGCAAUGGGAGGCUGGAGGUGGCCAGGAGCAGACCCCAGGCAAGGACACUCCAGCUCUGAACUGAGGAGGGCAGCCGGUGGCAGGGCAGGGCCAAGGCAGCUCAGGCACCUCCUGAUUGCUGCCAUUUGGUUUUUACCUUAGUUUCUUCUUCUUUUUUUUUUUUUCCUUUUUUUUUUUGUUGGUGGAUAAUAAAAACACUGAGCAAGGGACUCUGCAGGCAUGGGGCUUCCUGCCCCAUUGACAGCCAGAAUCUCCGCUCCCUUGGAGGAGCACUCGAUGCUGGGGACCCAGGAGAGCCUCCCGCAUCUCUCCUGGCCUCUUGGCACUCCCCUGCUGCUUGGCCAUCCCAGAGGAUUCAUGAACUGCUCCUGGCCUCCUCCUGGCGCUUCUGAACCUCCUGGCGAAGGACCCCAGCCCUUCGGUUGCCUCCGUCCUGUCUCAGGCAGCACAUCCCCACCAGCUGCCCCUGCACACUCCUCAAAACAGCCUGUGUUCAGGCCCAGACCUACAGACGGGACGGAUGAGAACAUUUUGUGGAAUUUACAUGUAUUUAUAGUGGACUUUGCCCAACCUGGAGCGCCUCACCGCUUCCUGGCUCUCCAGGGACUUGUGCCGGCGGGUGCUUCCGGUGGAUUUUUACCUGCCUCCUCAUACAACGGUGCCUUAAACCAUUUAGGGGAGCAGGAGGCCAUUGGGGUUGCACAAGAGUGUCCAUCCUGUAGAGGAGAGGGAGGGGAGGACAGUGGCUUUCUGGGACUGUCUGCAGUCGGGGCUUUCUUCUCCCUGCAACUAGGAGCCCCGCUGGGUACCCAGGGGUGUGCGUGCCCACCCACCCAGCUUCUCUGUCCUUUAGCUAGCAAACGCCAGUGGCCUUUUUAGCCUUUUCUCUAAUUUAUUCUCCUCCCUUUCCUGCCUUGCUUGAGGUGCAGCGGGAGGAGAGAUGGGCCCAACCCAGCACAAUCCCAGCCCCAGUCUGCAAGGCAGCUACAUCCAAUCCAGCAACCUGUCCUGCUUUGCCCUCACUGUCCCUGUGGGCACAGGCUGAGCACUCUCACACCGUGAGCACCCCACCGCCCCUGGAGCAUCCCGGGGGGGCUCAAGGGAGGGCAGGCCAGGAUGGAGGGGCUGCCCGCGGCAGGUACCGGACGGGGGCAGCGUUGCUGCUUGGCAGCUGGCUUGUUUACUGUGUAAGCAAGGUGGGCAGGAAGUGUCUCAAACACGUGAGACUCACACAGGAAUAAAUUUUAGCUUGAACAGGG